AUGCUGCCAUUCCUCAGUGGUACCACACAGGGACCUUAUGGUGACUCUAGGAAAGACGUGCGGGCAGGAGCGCACUGGCUGUCAGGGUUGGGCAAGGCAGGAGCAGGCGGUGCUGCUGGCAGCGGCAGCGCUGGUGGUGGCGGUGGUAACUGCACGUUACGGCUGCGGCAAAUCACAUUGGAGGACAUUUGGACGGCGAAGCUGCAGGUGGAAGUGCCGCAUGAGGGCACGGCACAAGAGGAGGCGGCCGAGGAAAAGGCUUCCCCCGCGGCUGCCAAGCUGGGUGGCGCUCCCACGCCUCCAUUAGGGGGUGCACUCUCCUUAGAGGCUGCGCUGGGCAUGGGCCACCCACCACGCCUCGCAUCCUUCCAUCUUCUGCCCGCCCCUCUCUCACCCCCAUGCUCUGCACUACCUCGGCUCUUCCUCGUCUCUUCCCGAGCCCCUUGUGCUACAUUCCUCCUAGUACACGGCACUCCGUCAGCAUGUGGGUGGGCCUACCACAUGCACGCAACAGGGACAAGACUGAUGGUUUGCGUGCCAGGCACGGGCAGCAGGGGGAAGAGCAUGGCGAUUCUCUCUGCUCGGUCUGCUGGGGAGAGUCUCAAGGGCGAGGGGCUGGAGGACGGCGCUGCCUUCACCCCGGGCCACGGAGGGACAUAG